AUGUCCGACAGUCGUAUGUUCCUGCUGAAAAAGAAGAAGCGACCUCAAAUCUCGGCUCCUUUGAACUUCCGGCAUCAGGUGCACGUCAACUACGAUGUCGGCAGGGACCAGUGGAUAGGUGUGCCGCUGCAGUGGCGCACACUCAUUUCCUCUAACUGCCGCCAGCGCCCCAGGCCUCUUGUCGACCCAAGUUGUAUCACUCCGACGGAUAUCGUCAAUCUGAAGGUAUACACAUACUCAGUCACGUAUAACCGAAUUUACGCAUUGGCUCCACUGAGCGUGGCUCGAAGCAACUCAUUACGCCAGGAACGACCGCCAGUGAAUUACAGCGAAAUACACAAGCCUUAUAAGCUCAUAAAUGAUGACCAGCGAGAUCAUUCUGAGUAUUACUCUGUUGCUAAAGGUGUGAGCAGUACUGGCGUCGUAUGCACCGCUACCGAAACUACCUCAGGUCGGAUAGUGGCUGUGAAGAAGAUGGACCUCAGACAACAGCAGAGACGGGAACUGUUGUUUAACGAAGUAGUCAUUAUGCGAGAUUACCGUCAUCCGAACAUUGUCGAAAUGUACAGCAGCCACCUGGUCGGCGACGAGCUCUGGGUGUGUAUGGAGUAUUUGGAAGGCGGUUCAUUGACCGACGUCGUUACCAGCUGUCGCAUGAACGAAAUGCAGAUCGCAACUGUGUGUAGGCAGUGUCUGGAGGCUCUGGCGUAUCUUCAUGAUCACGGCGUGAUACACAGAGAUAUAAAGAGUGACUCCAUUCUGUUGGACUUUAACGGAAAGAUAAAGUUGUCAGAUUUCGGUUUCUGUGCUCAAAUCACCCCGGAACUGCCCAAGCGCAAAUCCCUAGUCGGCACACCGUACUGGAUGAGUCCAGAGGUGAUCUCGAGGACUGCUUACGGAACAGAAGUAGAUAUUUGGUCAUUUGGCAUUAUGAUAAUCGAAAUGGUCGAAGGUGAACCUCCGUUUUUCAACGAGCUGCCCCUUCACGCAAUGAAGAAAAUCCGUGAUAUGAAUUCCAUGUCAAUCGAGUUCACUGCUCAGGUAGUCCGGACAUUAGACUCCAGAAAAUGUUAUGUGAAAGAUACCAAGCGUUGGACGUUCAUGACGUGA